UCAGGGCGGAGCCCUGAACUACAAUUUACUCCACUCUGGCAACAGAACAGAUUUGCCGAAGUGAUGAUAGGACCCAGGGAGAACAAUGCUUUGUUUGGGAUGCAUAUUUCUUUGGCUUGUCACAGGAGAGAGAAUUAAAGGACUUAAUAUUUCAGAUUGCUCCACUAAAAAACUUCUUUGGACAUAUUCUGUGAGGAGUGAGGAGGAGUUCAUCUUAUUUUGUGAUUUGCCAGAGCUACAGAAAUCCCAUUUCUAUCAGAGAAAUCAACUCUCACCAACCCAAGGCACUGAAUACCUGCCUUGCAGUGGCAGCAAGGACUUAUCUGAUGUCCAGUGGUACCUACAACUCCCAAAUGGAGAUAUGUUAAGAGAAAUUCCUAAAAAUCACUCUCACAUCAUCCUGGAUCAGAACACCCUACGUUUUUUGGCCAUGGAGGUGAACGAUGCUGGGUCGUAUAUUUGUACACCCAGGAUUAGGAGCCCCCAGGACGAGGCCUGUUGUGCUAAGAUGGUCGUAGAAGUUAAGCCCAAGACAAACAUGUCCUGUGUAAGCUCUCUGUAUAAGCAGUACCUUCUUCUUGGUAGCACUGACUCCAUUUAUUGCCCCAGUCUCGGCUGCCAAAAUGAUGCACAGAGUCCAGAGGUGACCUGGUACCAGAAUGGAAGAGUACUCUCUGAAAAAAAGAGCAACCCACUGUUACUGGAUGAAAUUUAUGACUAUCACCAGGGCACGUACAUAUGUGAUUAUACUCAACUGGAUAAUUCAAGUUCAUGGACAGUCAGAGCUGUUGUUCAAGUGAGAACCAUUGUGAAAAACACUAAUCUCAAACCAGACAUUCUGGAACCCAUCAAGGACACACUGGAAGUAGAACUUGGAAAGCCUUUGACUCUUUACUGCAGAGCACGAUUUGGCUUUGAAAAGCACUUUAAACCUGUGAUAAGAUGGUACAGCAAAGAUUCUGACCAGGAGUCGGAAAUCCCAACAACUGAGGAGAGAAGUGUUAAAUCCACUUACAAGGAUGAAGUCAUUGAGCGUGUCAUCCGCUUGAAAGAAGUCACCCAAAGUGAUCUUCGCAAGACGUUCACUUGCUUUGCCCAGAACUCCAUCGGAAAUACUACCCAGUCUGUCCAACUGAAGGAGAAGAAAGGAGUGGUGUUCCUGUACCUCCUCCUUGGCACAGUCACGACCCUGGUGGGCGUGCUGACGGCAGGAGCCCUCCUCUACAUGUACUGGAUUGAAGUUGUGCUGCUAUACCGAACAUAUCAGAGCAAGGAUGAGACGCUCGGGGAUAAAAAGGAAUUCGAUGCUUUUGUCUCCUAUGCGAAAUGGAGCCCUUUUGAGAGCGAGGCCAGUUCACCUUUGAGUGAAGAAAACUUGGCCCUUAAUCUAUUCCCUGAAGUUUUGGAAAAUAAAUAUGGGUACACCUUGUGUUUGCUUGAAAGAGAUGUGGCCCCAGGAGGAGUGUAUGCAGAAGACAUUGUGAGCAUUAUUAAAAAAAGUAGAAGAGGAAUAUUUAUCUUGACCCCCAACUAUGUCAAUGGACCCAGUGUCUUUGAACUACAAGCAGCAGUGAAUCUUGCCCUGGAUGAUCAAACACUGAAACUCAUUUUAAUCAACUUCCAUUCCUUUCAAGAGCCAGAGUCUCUACCUCAUCUUGUGAAAAAGGCUCUUCGGGUUUUGCCUACAAUCACUUGGAGAGGCUUAAAAUCAGUGCCUCCCAAUUCCAGGUUCUGGACUCAAAUGCGCUAUCAUAUGCCUGUGAAAAACUCUAAAGGAUUCACGUGGAACCACCUCAGAAUGAUCUCACAAUUUUUUGCCCGGAAAGACCUCAGUGAAAUAGAAACCACUGGGAGGAGCUCCCAGCCUAGGGAAUGGAGAAAUGGGCUCUGA